UCCCACAUUCUCUCCAUCAUCCCCCUCUCUUUCCUUAUCUUCUCCUCGCCAUCUCUGCUUCCUACCCGCAUCAGUUUUCCGACAAGAACAUCUCACUUUCUCAGAGAAAAUAGUCUCCAUUUCGACCUGGUAAGCAAUGGCAUUUGCAGGAACAACCCAGAAAUGCAUGGCAUGUGACAAGACUGUUUAUCUGGUGGACAAGUUGACUGCCGACAACCGGGUGUUCCACAAGGCCUGUUUCAGAUGCCAUCACUGCAAGGGAACACUCAAACUGAGCAACUACAAUUCCUUUGAAGGAGUUCUAUACUGCAAGCCUCAUUUUGAUCAACUUUUUAAAAGAACCGGCAGUCUUGACAAAAGCUUCGAAGGUACACCAAAAAUUGCAAAGCCAGAGAAACCCGUUGACAGUGAGAAACCUGGAGGAGCUAAAGUCUCAAGCAUGUUUGCUGGUACCAGAGAAAAAUGUGUUGGGUGUAAGAAUACUGUAUAUCCAACUGAGAAGGUUUCGGUGAAUGGAACUCCCUACCAUAGGAGUUGUUUCAAGUGCAGCCAUGGAGGGUGUGUAAUCAGUCCAUCAAAUUAUGUUGCACAUGAAGGCCGGCUUUAUUGCAAGCACCACCACGGUCAGCUAAUAAAGGAAAAGGGAAACCUAAGCCAGCUUGAGGGUGAGCAUGAGAAGGAGAAGAUGAAUGGAAAAGAAGUUGAGGCUGAAUAUUGAUCUGCUUGAUGCAUGUUCUGAUCUUUUUGCCAUUUAUGCUGCAUUCCCCUGCACUGUCUUGGACUCUGUUUUACAUCCCUGUAUUUGCAGUUACAAGGGUUUUAUGUUUACAAGACAUGGAAAAUUCUUGCUACAUAUAAAUAUAAUUGAAGUGUGUUGGAUUUCAUAUGUUUUAUUUGAAAUCUCCGUGCAGCAUCCUGUGGUUAAACCAGAUGGCAUGACAUGCUUGCAUCUCGAUAUUAGGGGGUAUGGUACGAUACACUGUGCAAAUAUACCAAUUUCUAGUCU